GUACUGAUUUUACAAUAUUAAUCAUUGCCCACUAUUGGAUAUCAACCAUCACCAUAUUGCAGAAGAUUUAUGAAAAGUACGAUUGGAAAUUACUCUUUAUAAAUAUGGGGAAGGUCGGGCAUGUAUUCUUAAUGACUUGGACAUUACUGUUAAUGUGCAUGUCUCAAGCCGGGAGAGUUAAGAGACAGUACCCAUGUAUAUUAAAACGAGUCGACAUGCUUGGCUGUUCAACAUUUAUGGAUCUGAUACAUAACACUCAAUUUGUCUUCAAAGCUCUUGGAGCUCCAGGUCCACUGACUUUAUUCGUCCCAUCAAAUGAAGCGUUUGCAGCUCUCCCGGAUACAACCAUGGAUAAACUUCGAUCCAAUGUUACAUAUCUCACAGAGAUUUUCUCGUAUCACGUGGUACCCACUAAUGCAUACUUCUCUCGAGACUUCAAAACUGACGUCACCUACAAAACUCUUUUGGAACCUAGACGCGUUAGAAUGUAUGUCUACCCUCGGACUAAAAAGCAGUUUUAUGUUACUGGUUCUAAACUCACCAGUUGGGACAACGAUGCAACUAACGGAGUCGUUCACGUGAUUGACGAGGUCAUGUUUAAAAUCCCGAAGGAAAACCUCCAAGAAAGAAUAGAUGAUAAACAUGAGAAUUCGAAAGCGAAUUUCUCUAAACUUUCCGAGUUGUUAACAAUGGCAGGUCCUAAACUACAAACCUACCUUGCAGAUGACAGCCCAAAAACAAUGUUUGCUCCGACUAACACUGCCAUAGAACGUUUGCCACCAGGUGCUCUGUACUACUGGCAACAUAACAAAACUGCACUACAAGAAGUAUUGAAGUACCACGUGGUCAAAACAACGUUGCUUUACGUAGGAUUACUCUCUGGAUCUUUGGAAACAGUUGAAGGCUCGAGAAUCAAUAUCACCCAGAGCACUUCUAGAGGCGUGAUACUGAAUGCUAACUCUAAACCAGAACGAGGAUACAACUCAGCGUUUCUCACCUUCAGGAACAUCACAGUCACCAAUGGUGUUAUUCAUGGUAUUGACAGUAUGCUUCUCCCUUCACCAGUGCCACAACGAUAUGUUCCAUAGUACACUGUAAAAUAUGAACUCUUGAAAUAAUACUAUAAUACGAUAAUACGAAUAUAUGAGAAAUUGAAAGGAGCAAGAUCUAAAAAUAACUGAAUAAUUCUAAAGAUGUUAGGGAAAAACAACAACAUUUUAUUGUAUUACUUCAUCUCAACCCCAAAAUGCUCGAACUCAAAAUUGAGGAUAAUUCGAUGAAUAUAACAGCUUUGCAAAAAUGAAGUGGUGAAUUUGAAAAUGAAGCAACGAGGUGCUAUUGUGCAUUGAUCAUGUUUGAGAAUAGCAAACGACAGAGAAACAUCACCGUGCAGUAAAGAGUAGGCAAAAUAAAAAUAAACUAAUCAUCAACACGCAAAUAAUUAAUGCCUCAUAAAAGUUGAAAGUGGUACAAGGGAAGUGCCUUAACACUCCUAGUAUUAAAUCGAGUUAAGGUUUGGUUCUUUAAAAUAAUAGUCCUCAAUAUAAAUGACAUCGAUAUGUCUACUUCCGGUUGAGUUUUUGGAUACAGUUGUGAAAUCCUCCUUUUCUCAGAAGAAUUCAAAU